GGGGUGUCAAAAAUCAACGGGAAUUCUUUCAGGAUAUCUAGAUUUUGCGGUAUUUUCCUACUUUGUAGGCUAGAACUACACAAUUGUAGUUCUCUGACGAGUAGUUAAAUAUUUACUGUAAGUGUGUGAAGUGAAUUUGCCACCGUGGAUCCUAACAUAAACGUGGAAAUGUGCAGCAUGGAGUCGUGGCGUGGCGGGGGCGUGGCGCGGUCGCCGUCGCACGAGAGCGUCACGACAGAUCUUUCUCUGUUCAGCGUGUCGUCGGCGGCCUCAGACGCACGCGUGCUACGUUUGCUAGCUAGCAAGGCUGGACAAGGCCCGGACCCUACGUCCCUGCGAGUUUCCAGCCCAAAUCCAGACAGCAGGACACUGAAAAGACCCUCUUCAACACUCCCCCUUUGUGCGGUGGACAACUGCCGCGAGCUGCUGGCGGGUUGCGCAGCGCUGUGUGCCCAGCUCGGUCUACGCCGGUCCUUCAGCGCCGGUGACGUCACCACCACGCCUACAGCACAGCCGCUCAGAAGCGCAACAUCCGAAGUGGGAUUGUGUGCAGCGCUGGAAGCGCUCACGUUGAGCGCGGCCUCCAGGUCUUGCAGCACUUGGGUUGCGGUGGGAGGGUCACAGCUGCCGUCUCCUCAGCGCGCGCAGCCAGCGCCCUCCCUGCCUCUUCGGCCCUCCAACCACGACAACAAGAAGGUCCGCCAGAGCUAUAUAAAACGUCGUCUCCUAACAACAUACAGAGCGCUGGAACGAAUGUCCCAGUCGGAAUUUAACCUGGACAAAUUAGAGGCAGCGGCAGUCAGCGCGGCAGCUUCAGCUGUGGUCGCCCCUGGCCCAACCACCCUCGCUGUACCCCCCCUCAAGCCUCACACUAAAUUCGUGCAUCCAGAAGCGGCUCACCUGGCGCUGACUGCCGCCGACCUGGAACGCGAGCGCGGCCGGCCUCUCUCCAAGUACGAGAGGAACAUGAUGAUCUUCAAUUGGCUGCAUACCUUGGAUGACAACGCUCCCUUCUAGGACAUUCUUCUAUCGUAAACUUCCUAAGAUAAUCUACAACAUUCUGUAACAUUCCAGAACGUUCUAGAUUAUUCCAGAGCACUUUAGAUAAUUCUUAAACAAUCUAUGACAUUCUUGAAACAUAUUCCAUAAUUUUCUAUUAUCAUUCCACAACAUAUUUCGGCAAUUAAGAGUGCCCUAUGGUACCUAUUCUACAUCAUUCCAACCCCUUCUUCGAUUUGGGGCAUUAUGUGUCAACAUAAUUUCAUAAAUAAGUGUACAAAGCAACUGUGACUGCGUAUUGCACCGUAGUAUAGCACUUACCAAGUGAGCUACGUAACAUGUAAGUAUAUUUCGUUUUUAAGGCAAUUUUCGUAACGUUAAACUAUGUUCUGUUAUUUUAAAUCAUAUUUAGUUUACGAAAGCACCUAAAUUAGACAAUAAAGUAACCCAGAGAUGGUGUAAAUAAAAUGAAAUCAACCAAUGACUGGUUUGAUGUUUCUUGAGCGUAAUUUUUUAUUUUUAGGAUGUAACAGACUGUUGAAUAAAGUAUUUUAUUUUUUUUUCACCCAGUAUUAAAAUUUGGAUGGUGAUUAAAAUGCCGCCUAUUUUAUUAUUUGUAAAUACAAUACAAAUUCUACUUUUACGUUAGAAAAACUUUUUGUAAGUGUAGUCCUUAUUUUAGUUCUAUGUUUGAGAUAUUUUCUUCCUAUAUAGGGCCACGGCUAUGCAAUACAAAGGAAAGUACUUUAAAAUAUUGUACAUGUAGGAUAUUUUUCUUCAUGGAGACAUUACCAAUGAUCCAUUUGUAAUGUCUCCAUGAAAAGGUGUGUGUGAAAAAGUAAUUUCAUAUUUUUAAUAAGGAUUAUUUUAUAGUCGAGUUAAGAACUCCCUCCUUUUUUCGAAGUCGGUUAAAAAAUUCACGUACAUCAUGUACGU